AUGGUGGACAGGAUACUUGACAUCUACAAAGACUUCGGCCAGAUGACCACCAUGCACGGGGUGAAGCGGACAGCACAUAGCAACCCAACAUGGCUGAAGUUGCUAUGGACGCUGUUUGUGUUUACCGGCAUAGCCUGGGCCACGUACCAGAUCGUCCUGACGGUCCAGAGCUACUACAGCUUCCCGUCGUCCACCCAGCUCUCCAUAGAAACCAACCACACGCUGGAGCUGCCGGCUGUCACUAUAUGUAACCUCAACCGGCUUCGUGUAUCCAAGGCGACGUUUCUUCAACCUCAGUUCGAUGCGUGGAGACAGAAUAAUCUGGCGGUUGCUGAGCAAAUGAAAGAGCUGAAUAUUGCUCUGACAGACGUGACAAGAGAGGUGAAGGAGAGCUUAGGUCACUCAAUGAGUGACAUGAUGUUGUCGUGUACUUUUGACGAGGAUGACUGUUCUCCAGCCAACUUCACACUGGAUGUGUUCCUAACAAACGGCAACUGUUUUACAUUGGGUGACCGGACAGCUAAUCCUUCAGCAUCACGGUAUGUCUCACAAGCAGGACCAGCAAAUGGCCUGAUUCUAGAGCUGGACAUUGAGCAGGACGAGUACCUGCCCAUCACCGAAUCAGCUGGGAUAAAGGUCUUGUUACAUUCUGGCUCUGAGAUCGUCUUCCCUGAUAACAGUGGCAUCCUGGCAGCGCCGGGCUUCGUUACUAGUAUUGGCAUUAGGAGGUCUGAGAGCUACCUACUACCAAAAUAUUUCUCUUAUUCCAGUCUAAGAGCUACCUACUACCAAAAUAUUUCUCUUAUUCCAGUCUCAGAGCUACCCACUACCAAAAAAUUUCUCUUAUUCUAG